AUAUGUGUUCGUUCUGGCUGGUUCGUAGCCAAGGUGUCGGUGUUAGUACCACAAUUACCAUCGUCGACACCGCCACCUCGCAGUGUGGUUAAUGAGAUCCCACCAAGAUCUGCGGUUUUUAUUUUACCAAAAAAAAAAAGAUCACCAAAAAAAAUUUCACCGUAGGUGCUAAAACGCGCUAUGCUACUCAACUUUUUGGGAAGUUUCCCCUUGGAAUAUGGACAAGAUUAGAAAAAAUUCUUAAAUAGAGAAAAAAGAAACGGGAGUUUUGUGAAGAAAAUCAUAAAAAAUUAUAUUGCCAAUAUAACAAAUUGGGGUUACCUGUAACCUUUACCUCGUGCUAAAAAAUUGUUUAAAAUAUUGUAAAAAAAACGUUUGGGAUUUUUUAUGCAAUUACUAAAAUCUAUGGUUUGCGAAAGCAGCAGUCUUCUAAGUUCAUCCAAUAUGCAACUUAAGAUGGAACCGCAAGCGCAACAGCAACAAUUACAACAUCACCAGCAACAGCAACAACAACAGCAGCAGCAGCAGCAGCAACAGCAACAUCAAUUGCAAACUAUGGAAAAACAUCAUCCGCAAAUGUUAAGUAAAAUUAAAACGGAAACAAAUGGCCAAGAGCAUAUGAAUCAUACGAAUUCGCCCACAACAUUGGAAAAGCAAAAUCAAGCUGCUGACAAUGCACAGCAUCAGCAGCAGCAACAACAACAACAAACCCAACCUCAAUCUUUAACCACGAGUGCCAAUCAUAAUCAGCAUACACAACAUCAGCCCCCAGCAAACACUACGCAGCAGCAACAACAACAACCACAGUCUUCAACCCCCAAUUCCCAACAACAGCAACAAAAUACUCCCACAAUAAUACACACUCAACAAACACAACCCCUUAAUGCGGUCAUACAAAACCAAAGUAGUCAACAGCAAACAGUGGGGCAUCCUGGACCAGAGAACUUUGUGCCCAUACACAGGUCAACACAGCGCCGAAUACUGACCACCAAUGGCGAGUUAGUCAGCGAACAUCGUGACCCUGAACAACCAGAGGCUGUCAACGAAUAUCAACGUAUGCAUUCACCCAUUGACUAUGUGCAAAUGGCUCCACGCAACGAUGAACAUCAACAUCCAACGGGCGCUACCAUUUACACCUAUGCCACCAAUGAAAAUGGCCAACACAUUAUAUGUGCCUCCGGCUCUCCCACGGGCACCAUUAAACUGGAAACCAUUGACAAGGAUCAGGUGGCCGGUGAGGCAGCUCAGCAACAACAGCAUCUGCAGCAUCAUCAACAGUGUCCCACACCGAACAGCAGUUACACUGAACCCCUGGUGGUCUCCACCUCAGCGUUGCAUCAUCAAAAUCCCCAUAAUCUAUCAAGUUCCGCCACACACACGCUGCCGCAUCCGGCCCACAUAGGCUCAUCGCUACGAUUUGAGGAUGAUCCUCGCUAUAGCUCCAAUGCACUCAGUGACAAUGGUAAUGGCCCCCCGCCUUUAUACUAUGAUCCCACUGUGGGUGGAGAUCCUGCUGCCACCCAUGGCAAUGAAAGUAAAACUUUCACCGACUUGGGUAAUGCCCAUUAUCUGAAUUUCUCCUCCAGCUCAUCAUACCAAUUGACCCAGAAUAAUACGGUCUACAGUGUGACCACUGCGCCCAAUCAACUGAUAUCGAAUAAGGAUCCCAAUUUCAGUUUGAUACGCCAACCAGUACAAUACCAGUCAAUGGGUCUAUACGAUACGGUUAACACUUCGGUGCCUGAACAGACGCUGUGGCCAGCUUCCGGAGUGGAAUAUUCCAAUAUGGGCUUUAAUUAUCAUCAGCAGGUGGUUGAAGAGUACACUCCUAGUAAUUUACCAACUUCUUGGUCACCAGCGGCAUCAAUUAGUACCUAUGACCCCGGCUUGCCUCCUCCACCAUUUGCCGAAGUUAAAUGCGAACAAUGCGGCUCAGGGCUGGGCCGUAAGGGCAACGAAUUCUUUUGUCCAAGCUGCACUACGCCAGCCUAUCGCCCCAUGCGCAUGAAUCAAAGACAAAGCAAACCAAAGACAGCAGCCACCAAUAAUGCCAAUAAUCGUCGUACCGGCGUUACCUGUGCCAAUUGCACCACAAACUCUACAACGCUAUGGCGAAGAAAUAAUGAAGGCAAUCCCGUGUGCAAUGCCUGUGGUCUCUAUUUCAAGCUGCACAAUAUGAACCGGCCCUUAUCGAUGAAAAAGGAGGGCAUACAGAAGCGCAAACGUAAGCCAAAGAAUAAUGGGGGCCAAAUGAGACCGAUGUCAAGUCUUCCUCCUGUGAAUGGGACACUUAUGAUGUCCAGUGGUACUCUGUAUCCCUCGCAAGUCACUCCUAUUGGUUUGCAAAUAAAUGCUCAAGCGCCAAGUCAUAGCGAUCUGCAGGAUAUGACAACGGGUGGCCCACGUUCAGUGCCGAUUGGUAAUACUGAAAUUACUUUGAAUAUGUCACGCCCCCAUGUCACCUCGGAUAGUCAUUCGCCGUACAGUAAUCCGCCCUCACAAAGUGAAUCGCCACAGUUACCUAGUGCACAGAAUUUUAAAGUGCCCUCCAUUGAUGCACCUCGAACAACUCCAAGCAGUGAAAUACCUACCAGCGUCAUUACACGCACUGGCUUACCGGAACGAUCAACGAAUAAUUAGUGCAUAAGUCGCUAUGCUUGUAUAUAUAAUAACCUUAGAAAGCAACCAGAACCAAGUUGUAUAGUUUUAAUAGGAAUAAAACCAAAAACUUUUCGUUACAUUUUAUACCUUGAAUUGGAAAAAUAUUAAGGCAGCUAGUUAAUCCAAAGUAAUUUUUAAUUAUUAAACAAAAAAACAUUGAAUUUUGUAAAUGAUGAUUUUUGAGAAAUUCGCAGAGAAAAUAAUGUCUUGAUAGAAGGAACAAUAUAACUAGAGAUUGACGCCGGUAUUCACAGAACUUAAUGGAGAUUUUAAGUAGAUUUAUUUGACAGUUCUAAAAAGGAAAUCUGUCAGCUACUCUUACAGCUGAUGAAUAUUCAAUACAUUUCUACUAACCAUUUCUUAGUUGUUGUAACUUAACGUAUCGUCAGCUUUAAAACACUUUCUAUUCUUAGGUGUUGUAACGUAACGUAUCGUUAGCUUUAAAACACUUUCUAUUCUUAGGUGUUGUAACGUAACGUAUCGUUAUUUGUAAAACCCUUUCUAUUCUUAGGUGUUGUAACGUAACGUAUCGUUAUUUUUAAAACACUUGCUAUCGCUCGGUGUUGUAACGUAACGUUUCGUUAGCCUUAAACCACUUUCUAUUGUUAGGUGCUGUAACGUAACGUAUCGUGAGCUUUAAACACAUUGUAUUCCCAAAAUAAUAAGACCUCUUAUGGAAAUCUUAAUGAUGACAGUGUCAAUAGGUAUGCAAAUUUUAAUUCUGAAAAUUUAUAGAAAGAGCACAAGUUUCUAAAAUAAUUUUAUUAGCAUUAACAAUUAUUCUUUUCUAUUUUAUUUAUAAGUUUGUGACAUAAUAGCCAUUACAUAAAACCAAAUAUUUUAACUAAAAACAAUUAUUUGUAUAGAAACAAACCAAGAUUGAUGCAUUUUACAUAACCAUGUAAACAUUAGUUAAACAAGACACUACUAUUAAUUUAAAAUUUUUA